AUGCCAUCCCAUGCUCAUGCCUUCAACAGUAAUGUGGCAGCUACUCUUCCGCCGUUGAACCAACCCGCCCCCAACAACGAAGAAUAUCUCAAGAGAAUACAGAACAGUGAUCCGUCACUACAUCAUUCUCAAUUUCCAUUCUUCAAACAGAAGCCACACCUAAGUCCCGCUAGAGAUAAUAGCAGAAUCGAUGGCGAGUUACGCUCCAUGAAAGAUAAUUCCUUUUCUUUGCCAUCGCGAUACCUGGCAUUGCCGCGCUACUCGGAGGCUCCUUUUAUGAUUGGCAAGAAUGUUGUAUCGGAAACCACAGAUACCAUCAACUUCUAUGAGGGAUACUCAUCUAUUCAUUAUAAGGACACCCUAAGAAGGUUAAACUUUGGCCCCUUCGCCUGGUCUUCAUUGAUGAAGAGGGAUAUUGGCUUGCGUAUAACAUGGGAUUAUGUGGUUAUGGGUAAAGAAAAGGCUUCAAGCAAAGGCCUGUCAGCAGCCUUGAUGUUUGCGCAUCCUAGUGGAGACAUGACCGAAGAGAACACAGCAACAUUUAUCUCUGUUGAAAAAGAUUCUGAGCAUCUUGAGCAUCUUGAGCAUCUGGAAAAGCGAUUUGAAAGGCGUGCUUUGCAAACUGAUGGCCUUGAUGACGUGAUCCCGUAUAGAGCAAUACUUCAGGCUCGGAAUAAGACUAAUGUUCACAAGGCCACGCUUAACAAGCAUGCACUUCCUUUAGGGCUUACUGUCUUUGACGGGAAACUUGAUCGCGAGCUUCAACUAAUGGAAAAGAUUGAAGUCGUUUUACCCAAGAAAAGAGUACUUUGGAAGUUAGUACAUAGGUUUUUUCAAUCUAUGUACACAUAUAUGCCAUUUGUUGACGAGGAUUAUUUCAGGCGGGAUGUGGAGAAGAUUAUUGGACCUCAGUCAUACGAUGAUGUCUCAGUUGACCACAUUAAAAUCGAACGGAAACUCGAUUUGGCAACUGUUGGGCUCCUUCUCAUUAUUCUACGAUUAGCUUAUCUUUCCUUGUUCUCCAACAACAGCUCUCUCAACGAGUCAAUAUUAAACAACCCGAAUCCGAAUUCGGAGGACAAGCUUUUGCAGUAUUUGAUGAAGAAUCCGAUCAACAUCAAUACGAUAGAUGUCGCGACGCUGUGCCUAGAUCAGUUUCAGAUCUUGAGAAGAAGUAACUUCAACGUCCUUCAAUUGGCUCUUUUUUUGCGUCUCUACCAUAUUUUCGCUCCUGAGGAUGGGGAUGGAGCAGACGGGGGAGACUCUCAAGUCCUAAACUCUGUUCUUAUUCAAACGGCAUUCUCCUUGGGCGUAAAUCGAGAACCUGAUCAGCAAUGUACUGAUCUAAAGUUGAACCACAUAACCCGAAAAAUUUGGAAGUACCUAGUUGCUUCAGAUCUCCAUUUGGGGUAUUCCUUUGGGAAUCGUCCCACUAUAGACGAUAUGCAUUUUGAUAUCAGUGAUCCAAUUUGUGAACCAGGAAGCGAGAACAUUAGAGACAAGAUCAAGGAUCGGGCUACAACCGAAAAUCUCAACUGGUGUUCACAUACAACGCCAAAGUUGCGAAGUAUUCUUCAGUAUGCACUUGAUAUAAAUGGAAGAAUCAGCUUGAUGAGACUCUGCCAGGAUGUCUCAGACUUUGAGCUACAUCUUCACGACAAUAUGGGUACCUUGGGAGACUUUAUAGUCUGUUCAGGGAUGGAUGAUCAGGAUAUUGCCAAGAGGAAUCUCAAAGUGAAGGUUUACCUUGCGCUCAAGUCUUUUUUGAUAUCACUUUACUUUCACAUUUACCUUUACUAUGAAACUAAAGAUGUCGAUGUCUCAUUUUUUUAUUUGAAGAAAAGUCUACUCACCACCAUAGGGGAUAUCAUGCCUCAUUAUGUUACGCUUCUCGGCAAAAGUGAAGUUAUAAGUGACAUGAUUAUCAAUCCAACCCUCGAAAUGACGAUCCAUAAGUCAAACCAAAUCAAUCUUUCCAUUAUUUUCUACGAAGAGAAUUACCACAAGGCAUCGCAAGUCUACUCCAUACGCUAUAAGCCAGAACAAAUCAAGGAAUUAAUUUCCAUAUGCGAGGAAACGCUAUCACUGUUUUCACAAACAGAGUUUUGUACGUAUGGCUUUGCGAAACAUAUGGAUGAGGAUCUAUACAAAUGCAAUGAACCACGGCAAGAGAGUAUCGGCAACGAGUCGAACGUGUUUAGAGAACCUAGUCGGAACUCGACAAACGCUGAGAUCGAUAAGAUCUGGUUACAAGUCCUCUCUCUCAAGCACAAUACCACCUUGGCAGGAAACUUGCAGGAUGCCCCAUUGGAUUCUAAGGCACCAAUUCCGCUGAUGUCGUCCACAGAUUUCGGCUAUCAGCCACCCCAAGAUUCAAGUGACAUAGAUCCGUCUACCGGGAUCGAUCGAUUUGGCUACGAUAUGGAGAUGGCCACUCGAUUUGACUUUUUCAGUGAGAUGCCUUUCGAGGGAAUGUUAGAUAUUUAG